ACCCAAAGGUAGAGCGAGCGAGCACCGAGCAGUUUCUCGAGAGACGAGAGUUUCCAGCAGAGAGAGUGAGAGAGAGGGAGCGACGGAGAUGGAGGGUUUUUCUGCUCUUUCCUUCCCUUAUCGACCCUUCUCCUUGUUCCUUUACGAAAUCUUCUGAUUCGCCACAAGUUAUUGGCUUGUUGUGUCAUCACCAUGUGGGGUUUUGCAUCAAAUGCCACAGCUGGGACUAUUGGACUGAAAAAUGGCAGUGAAAAGCCAAAUCGAUCUGUUUCAGACUGCUCAGAUGAUGAGGUUUCUUCAAACACCAGCAGGGAAGAAGGAUUGGAAUGCCCAAUAUGUUUGGAGUCCUUCAACAUUGUCGAGAAUGUGCCCUAUGUUUUAUGGUGUGGCCAUACCCUCUGUAAGAACUGUGUUCUGGGGCUCCAAUGGGCUGUUGUGAAGUUUCCUACUCUGCCAGUCCAGCUUCCUCUGUUCAUUGCUUGCCCAUGGUGCCAUCUACUAUCUUUCCGAUUGGCAUACAAGGGGAAUCUCAAGUUCCCCCGCAAGAACUUCUUCCUCCUUUGGAUGGUUGAGGGCAUGAAUGGUGAUAGAGUGAAGUUUCAUUCCCCUUUAUGUGGAGAUCAUCAACCAGUUUGGUCUUCAAACAACAAUGCAGCCUCGGGAAGCCAGGUUAACCACAGCAGUAUCAGGAGGGUUCAGUACGUGCGUCAGACAGAACAGUCAGUGCCAAACGGCAAUCAUGUUAAUUCAGUGGCCAACUACCUCAACAUGGAAAGGCUACAUGCUUCCGUACGCAAGUCUCUUGUUUUCUUUGCUCACUUGACAGCCAAAUUCCCACUGGUCAUUAUAUUUCUUUUGAUCGUCUUAUAUGCAAUACCCGCCAGUGCAGCUAUCUUGACCUUGUACAUACUCAUCACAGUUCUGUUUGCACUUCCAUCCUUUCUUAUAUUGUACUUCGCAUACCCUAGUCUGGAUUGGCUGGUGAGAGAAAUUACCAGCUAAGAUGUUUUGGCUCCUUUUUAUCCUAGGAACACCAUGACCAUGUGUAGAAUUUGAAGACCCUUUGACAUGGAAUCUUCUCCACUUAAAGAAAACAAUACCAGCUAUGGUGUGUGUAAUUCGACGACUUCCCUGUUUCAAAGGAUAUGGAUCCUCUUCUCUAUUAAUCGGAGGCCACAUUGUCAACAAACCAGUCCGGGUUCUGUGGAAUAUGUGCUUGCUCUUCGUGAAUAGAAAUUUGGGUGGUGGCCCAGGUCUCGGUAUAAAACUUUCUGUUUGCAAACAAGUGGUUUUUUUUAGUUUGUGUAUCCAAAAGCUCUUGCAAGACAAUUGGAAAGUCAUUGUAAUGGUGAGAUCUGACGAUUUGUUUUCGUGUUUUCUAUGGAGACUCUGAUUAUUCGCUCCAGCCUUUUGUUGCAUUUUGUAAUUUUUUGCUUCCUUCUAUUGUCAGGACGUGUUUUCUGAGGUUA